AUGGUUGAUCUGGCAGGGCUGGGCAACUUGGUGGCCAACACGGCCUACCAGAAGGAUAAACAGAGUGACUGGAAAGAGCUGAGACUGCAGCGAGUGUCCCUGACACUGCCCGAGCCAAAGAAGUCCUCAGCUCAUCAGGAAGCAGCAGAGAAGACCUAUGAGUCACUUUGCGAGGAACAACCUAUUGGGAGGAAAUUGUUUCAGCAGUUUCUCCUGACCUCUAACCUGCAGUGCGUAGCUGCUGCUGAGUUCCUGGAGGAGCUGAGUGACUGGAGCUUUGCUGAGGAUGGAACUAAAGAAAAGGUCAAACAGAGGAUACUUGCAAAGUUCUGCCAACCAGAGUCUCAGACUUUCCUCUCUUACCUUACAGGCAAAGAUGCUAAGAUGUGCGGGGCUUUAUCAGAUAAUAACUUUGAUGAGGAAAAGAUGGACCAAAUAAGAGAUGCCACAAGAAACUUCUUAAAGAGAAAACCUUUCUUGGAGUACCAGAAAAGCCCCUUCUUUUACAGAUUCCUGCAGUGGAAAGAGGUGGAAAAGCAAAGGAUCACUGACAAAUACUUCUAUGAGUUUAGGACCUUGGGAAGGGGUGGGUUUGGUGAGGUGUGUGCAGUGCAGGUGAAAUACACAGGCCACAUGUACGCCUGCAAGAAGCUGAGCAAGAGUCGUCUGAAGAAGAAAGGCGGCGAGAGGCUGGCCCUUCUGGAGAAGCAGAUCCUGGAAAAGGUCAACAGCCUCUUCAUUGUAAACCUGGCUUAUGCUUAUGAAAACAAAACCCACUUGUGCCUGGUCAUGGACUUGAUGUCGGGGGGAGACCUCAAGUUUCAUAUCUACGAAUUAGGGGAGAGGGGUAUCCGUAUGGAGCGAGUUGUUUAUUACACAGCCCAGAUAAUCACUGGCAUCCUCCACCUGCACUCUAUGGACAUCGUGUACCGUGAUAUGAAGCCAGAGAACGUGCUUUUGGAUAGUAAAGGCCAGUGUCGACUGUCAGACCUCGGAUUGGCUGUGGAGCUGCCAAAAGGAAAAAUGAUCUGCCAGAGGGCUGGCACGACCGGCUACAUGGCUCCUGAGGUUCUGAAGCAGGAGUAUUAUCGUACAUCUGUGGACUGGUGGGCUGUGGGCUGCAGUAUUUACGAGAUGGUGGCUGCUCGCUUGCCUUUUAAAGACUUCAGGGAAAAGGUGCAGAAUUCUGAGGUGACUCGACGUACGCUGGAGGAUGAGUGCAAGUUUGAAAACAAACUCUUUGAUGCUCCCACAAAGGAUAUUAUCAAGCAAUUUCUCAAGAAGAAGGUUAUACAUCGCCUUGGAAGCCGGAGUAAAAGUGAUGACCCACGAAACCAUGUGUUUUUCAAGAAUAUAAAUUAUUACCGUCUGGAGGCAGGGCUGGUGGAGCCUCCCUGGGUGCCAAACCCUAAUGUGGUCUAUGCCAAAGACAUUGAUGAGUUUCGGGACAACACUGAGGUCAUGGAUGUCAAACUUGAUGCCAAGGAUGAGAAAUUCUUCAAAGAGUUUAGUACAGGUGCAGUCUCAAUCCAAUGGCAGAAGGAAAUAAUUGGCAGCGGCGUGUUUGAUGAACUGAACAACUCUGAAAUGAACAAACUUCUCUCUGAGAGCGUGUGGAAAUCCAAGAUGUGCAUAAUUUUGUAA